CAACCACCGAAGAAGAAGCUGGGGGACCACACGUGUGUCAACAUGGGCAAGAGGAGGCAGAACAAACAGCUUUUCACGAGUUUAUCCAAAAAACAGAAGAAACAUUUGAAGGAGUUUGGAGAGGAGCAUCCGUUUCAUGAUGUAGUCGGUCAACGACCAGAAAGAACUGAAAUAGUAGAGCUGCCAGCGAGCCCAGAACACUCUGAUGUCGAGUCUGAUGAGCUGGUGAACGAGGAGGAGGAGGAGGAGGAGGAACCUGAGCAGAAAACAGCCUAUCAGAAACUUCUUUCAACCCUCAGCAAACCCAGUGACGAGCAGAGCGAAGAGGAGAGCACUGAUGAUGAAGAGGAGGAGGAGGAAGAAGAAGAGCUUCUUGGUGAAGGAGACAGUGAUGAUGACGGGGAUGAUGACGGUGAGGUUGGUGAUGAAGAUGAAGGGGGGGAGGAAGUAGCCGAGGAUGCAGAUGAGGCUUCGACUGAAGCAGCAGCAGCAGCAGAAGGGGAGGAGAAAGAAGCUGGAGUAGAAGAGUUUGUGGACAAAGAGCACGAGUCACAGUUCUGUCUGGAGACCAACUUCACAGAAGAAGGAGGAGAAGAGGACGCUGAAAGCAGCGGAGAGAAUAAAGACACCAAAGAUGUGUUUUUCAAGCAUUUUGAAACUGAACUUGGUGAAGAUGAUGUGCAGAAGAUAACGUCUGGCAGCAAAGCCAAGGCUCAGAUCACGUGGCCAAAAUUGGGCACAUUACUCUGCACCAAUCCCUUGGAGAAGUUUGGAUCCAUCGGCCCACUGAAAGACACAAACCUCCCAGUUUUCCACAAACUUUUGGAUACUUGCUGGAAGGAUGUGAACCAGACCUCCAAUCCUAAGGGGGUGGCUGAGGAGAUCAGCGCGCUACAGCUGGAACUGCUAGCUCUUAUGGCUUCCUACAAGGACCUCUACUAUCCACAGACUUGUCCUCUGAACCAGGGCCCACAGGUUCGCAGUGCAUACUGCCUCCACGCUCUCAACCACGUGCUGAAGGCAAACUCCCAGGUCCUAGCUCACAAUGCGCAGCUAAGAGAGCAGAAAACUCAGGCUAAAGCUGGAGCUGAGCCACAGGAUGAACCCAGAGACCAAGGACUUACCAGGCCCAAGGUCCUGAUUCUUGUCCCGUUCCGAGGCGGAGCUCUGCGAGUAGUCCAAACGCUCAUCAGCCUGCUCGAGGCCAAAGGCAAAAAGAUGGUGGUCAGCAACAAGAAGAGGUUCAAAGAGGAGUUUGGAGAGGAUGAAGACGACAAGCCAUCCAAUCUGCAGAGACCAGAUGAUUACACCGCAGUCUUCUCAGGCAACGUGGACGAUCACUUCAGGAUAGGCAUCUCCAUCGUGAGGAGCAGCAUGCGUCUGUAUGCCCCCUUUUAUUCAUCGGACAUCAUCAUUGCGUCUCCGCUGGGCCUCCGAACAGUGCUGGGAGCAGAAGGAGAACGCAAGAGAGACUUUGACUUCCUCUCCUCCAUCGAGCUGCUGGUGGUGGACCAGGCAGAUGUCCUCCUCAUGCAGAACUGGGAACACGUCUUACAUGUGAUGAAGCACAUGAACCUGCAGCCGCUGGACUCCCACGGAGUUGACUUUUCCAGGGUGAGGAUGAUGAACCUAAAUAACUGGGCCAAACACUACCGGCAGACGCUGGUGUUCAGCUCCAUCCAGGACCCGCAGAUCAACAACAUCCUCACCAAGCACUGUGCCAACUACCGUGGACAGAUUGCCACUAAGAACAUGCCAAAAACAGGAUCCAUCUGCCAGGUGCUGGUUCAGCUGCCUCAUGUGUUUCAGAUGUUCUCCUCAGACAGCUUCAUGGACCAUGAUGCUCGGUUUCAGUUCUUUUUAGAUAAAGUGCUGCCUCAGUACAGGGACUCAGUUAUGUCCCACACUCUGAUCUACAUCCCAUCUUACUUUGACUACAUCCGAUUGCGCAACUUCAUGAAGAAAGAGGAAAUAAACUUUGCCAGCAUCUGCGAGUAUUCCAGCAAGUCAGAGGUGUCCAGAGCCAGGCACUUCUUCCAGAAAGGGGAUAAACAGUUUCUGCUCUUCACCGAACGCUUCCACUUCUACAAGAGGUACACCAUCAAAGGGAUCCAGAACCUGAUAUUUUAUGGACUGCCCUCCUUCCCGCACUUCUACAGUGAAGUGUGUAACAUGCUGGCAGCAGGGGGUAAGGGCGAGGAGGCCAGCUGGACCUGCACUGCCCUAUACUCCCGCUACGAUGCCCACAAGUUAGCUGCCAUCACCGGAGCCCAGCGAGCUGGACAGAUACUGCACUCCAACAAGAAUGUUCACCUCUUUAUUACAGGAGAAGAUAAAACCUCCUGAUGGAGCUGGACAGAUAACCGCUGUAUAAAGCCAUGGCAGAUAUCUACUGUACAUUAUUACAGUAAGAUGACCCUGGGUUCAGUGUGACGGGAAGGAUGUUGAAGCAUAUCUUUGAUAGUGGAUUGCCCACACAUCACACGGACACAUCAGAUAUCGGCUCUGUUUGAUGGAUUGGAGAUGGAAGGCAUCCAAAAACAUCAAGACACAAAGUAAUGAGAUCAUAAAACAAGAUGGAUGUUUCAAAACAUGACUCACUGGUUGGAUGUGUGUAUGCAGUAUCUCAGUAUCAUUUGAAUGAGUUCAUAUUUGUACCAAUACCUAAAAAUAUAAGUGCUAAAACGUUCUUAAAAUAAUGAUCAUUAUCAGUUUUUAUUGUUAGUAUGGUGGCAUACAAAAUAUAAAAUAUUUUCAAAUAAGUCAGCAGUGUGUUGCAUGUUUCUGUGUAGUAUUUUAGGAAUUGUUAAUCAGAAGAGUUUAAAGUUGUCUUUCUGUGUGUGGAUGUGAAACACAAAUCUACAAAGAACAAUGUAAGUAAGACCCAGAGAGUGGGAGGAUCUUAACUGGACUGAGCCCAGUUUACUCUGGUCCCCUGAAAUAAAA